GGGGCGCAGGUUCAAAUCUGCGUAGCAGAAUGGAGAAACCAGAACCUGUGAAAAGCUAUGAUUUAAUAAUUCAUAGCCGGAAUGAGGACACACGCGUUCACAGAUGAUUUUAACGACGUCAUAGCCCAAAUGUGUUCUGCACACGGCACCGAACAACCGCAGUCGAGCCGUGCGCAAAACACGUGUAAGUGGUGGUACGCACUUUCUGAGUUCCCGACGAACAGUGCUGACUGCCCUCAGAAUGAAUAACCAGGACAGGCAGGAGUGUUACAGGUGCCACGAGAUUGGCCACUAUGCCAGGGAAUGUCCCACUGAAGGCGGUGGACCCAGACGUGGCGGCUACUCGUCACGCGGCGGCCGUGGCGGCGGCGGCCGUGGCAGGCGCCCAGAUCAGGAUCGCUGCUACAGGUGUAACCAGAAGGGACACAUUGCCCGUGACUGUCCGUUACCUGAUGAUGUGUGCUACAACUGCAAGGAGUCGGGCCACAUCGCCCGCAAAUGCCCCAACCAGACAUCUGAUGAGCCCUGCUGCUACUCCUGUGGGGAGCCUGGGCACAUCGCCCGUAGAUGCACCAACAACUCGCAGGAGUGCUACAACUGUGGGGUUGUGGGGCACUUGGCCCGUGACUGCCCCAGUGGAGGCGAGCGGCAGCGUCGCAGCACCGACACCCGUAGCUGCUACAACUGUGGAGAGACCGGCCACAUUUCGAAGGAGUGCCCCGAGGCGAAGGUCCCUGGCAAGUGCUUCAAGUGCAACGAACUCGGACACUUUGCCCGUGAGUGCGAUAAAGAGGAACAAGAACAGAUGUAAUGAACCUGGUCAUGAGGCACGCAACUGUCCCACCGUCAACUCCAAUUGCUAUAAUUGCGGUGAGCCCGGGCACUUGGCUCGUGAGUGCUCGUCGGUUGCGUAAAGAUUUCGACCUCUGACUUGGGAUCAGCUUUUGGCAUCACGGCUUCUACGGACGACCCGCCGCCCCAAGAGUUGUGGAGGGUGCAGUCGGUAUGGCGGAGCUCGCACAACGGAAGUGUAUAAGAAUAAAUAAACUUACAAACACCUGAUGUUAUGUUAAACUUGAUUAUAUGAGCCUCUGUAUAAUCUCGACAAAAUUUUUGUGUAGGGGGAGUGGAGUGGUCAGAGAGCAGCUACUAUUUUGCAGUUUGUUGAUUGUAUUGCACCGUUUGGUGCACAAUGCACAUGGGGAGGUGUGUGCACAUGCACUUCACGCAUGUGCAGAUGCUAACUGCAAAGUGCAGGUGUUACGAGGCGGUGAACCAACUUAAUUUUCACAUUUGUGGAGUGAGGGGGAGGGGAGACCCGAAGUUCUCCGGGGUUAGUAGGCUCCUUUGGACCGAUGAGGACUUCUGUGGUAGGGUGGAUACUGGAGAAACUUGGCUUGUUUGGACUAUUUUUUUAUUCUCCACAUAGCACAUGGGAUAUUUGGAGUUAUAAUCUCAGCGGAAGUUGGAAGCUUGGCCCAGUGGGCCUUAUUCCCUCCCAAAGCCACAGAACUCUCAUUACUUCAAAGGACGUAGUUGGAAGAAUGGCAAUCCUUGGUGAGGUUGCAUUGCAUCAGCCAUUUUCUUUGUGAUUGACAGUUUGAAACAGUGGGUAUCCUUUGUAUCAAUAAUCCUUUUGAACAUUUAAACUGUUAUCUUAAUAGGUAGUAUUUGCACCGCUUCAGUUGGCAUUUGAACAAUUGUGACAACUACAUUAGUAUUGCCAUGGAAAGUUGCAUGUGGAUUUUGACAAAUGCAGUAUACUAGUAAUUAAUUACCAAUAUUUCUACUGUUUUUCCCACCAGCAUGAAGCUUAGACAAGUCAUUUAUUUUCACAAUUUAUGUAGUGAUGGUAUGAUAUGCUUUAGUGAUCGUAGGAGGAUAGGUAUGAAUGUAUCACACGUAGAAGUCGAGUAUAGUAUUCAGUGCAGUCUAGAGCCUUUGUUAAGGAACCGUAAUGCUUUAAGGCAACAGUUAAGACAUUUAAGAAGUUGUUACCCCACAAGUUUAUACACAUGAGUGGUGGAGAGUCAAGAGCACUUUGAGACUGGAGACCUCUGGAGACAAUAUGCAAAAACUUGUUUGACAAUCUUUGAUGCAAGGGGAAAAACAUGUGACCACACAAUUGCCAGUCUAGCCUCUUGUUGGCCAUGACUUUACUUUUAACCUACUCUUGGUUUUUAUCCAAUGCAGAUUUUGAAGAGUGGAAAAUCCCUCUGGAGGAAGGGGGUUAUUACUGUUAUAUAAAUAUCAAAAGCUGAAAUCCUGUGUAACAAACUUUUCUCAACAUAAGAAACAUAAAAUCGAACCAGCAAAAAGAUAUGUUCUGACUAAUCUCUAAGCAGAUCUUGCAGUGACAUAAGAUAUAAUCAUAAGCUGGAGAAGGUGGCCAAUGUAACUGCUAAACUCAUUCCCCAGCUUAUGAUACUAUCUUAUGCCACCAAGAUUAUGUUCUGAUCAUAACGCUUUUUCCAGAUCAUGCUCCCCUUUCUCUUGUUUGCUUUUGCAUAGAUUGUCUCCAGUGGUCUCUAGUAUAAUUGUUUCAUUCAUUUAUGGUCUGAGGUAAGGAGACCAGUGUUUUUGCAUUGUAACCAUUGAAGUUAGAUAACCUCUAGCUUCCUUUGCAGCCUUCCAGGGUGUUGGUGUUUGUUGUGGUUGCAAUUUUCAACAUCGCAAUCAGGUUUCUAUGCUGAGAAGCUGCUUGAGCUAUAAAGUUGUGUUUCCACUUAAUCGUUUUUCCUCUUUCUUGUGGAAACACGACCUUUUGGCAUAAGAACCUUCCUGGAUUGAAACUUGACCACGAUGAUGUUGAAAAUCGCCAGUCAGUGCUCCCACCAACAGUUAACACCAGCACCCGUAGAGGACAGCAAAGGAUUCUAGAUACCUUGCUGCGGCAGCAGCAGAGUUUCCUAGUACUAUUGUUGUGGCAGGAGUAGUGUCAGGAGGCGCCUAGCAGAGAAUGCUCCGUACUCAGGAAAGUUUAUCAUCUGUGUUUUUCGAACGUGGCUCCCGUGUCGAGCUGAGGAGAACUUCACACGUGUUCUUGUGCCUAUCAUUACCAAUGUAUCGGCCUGGCCUUCUCUGCCAUGAGGGCGAGGCUGCUACGUCGGGAGCCAUGUUUGAAAGUUGUCUGUUGUGAGGCAGACGAGGGGGUCGCAAUUUCAAAUGCCUUUUUUUCCCAGCCUGCCUGAAAUGGCGACCCCUGGAGGAAGGAGAGGUGGAAAUAAAACAGUUCAGUGCAAAUAUUUUGUUUGGGGUGAUUGGCAUGAUUUACAACAAAGAACUAAAAUCUGCAUGUGCAAUUUGAAAUUCGUUUUGUACAUGAAAUUGCUGUCAAGAAUAUUAAGAAAAUUGCACUUGUAGCCUUGUGACUUCAUUUUAAUUUUCCGUUCACCAUAUAUUUAGAGUUGGCAUUAUCAAACAUGUCCAACCGUUAAAUUGUCAGUCAUCCCAACAGGCUUUGUUGGCUAACUGUUCUGGUCAAAGUCUCAGUUUAGCACCCCUGCUGCCAGUCUUGGCCACAGGAAAAAAUGGCAGGGGGUGUUAAAUUCUACUGUACUAAAGCGGUACACAAAGACACUACGGUGUCACUGUCAUGUUUGGAGGAGUGUACUAAAGUGCCAUGGACAAAACUUUAAAAAAAAUCUUGAAGCUACUGUAUGUUGGAAGGAGUGUACCUGGUGAAUUCUGUAUCAGAGCUCUUAUUUUGUUUACAGAGCACUAUUGAGCACAGAUUUAAAAGAAAAAAUUGUAAAUUAUUUUUGGACUAGUUUAGCUGGACACCUAUGGAGAGAUGGAGGAGCGAUAGGAUGCAGGUACCGAUAUUGUAGUUAUGUCUGCUUUGCUGGGGAGACCACAAACCUAUUUUAUAUCAAUAAAGUAGGCGUUGGAGGAG